ACACGUAUAUGGUGAUGGAGUACUGUGUAUGCGGGAUGCAGGAGAUGCUGGACAGCGUGCCCGAGAAGCGCUUUCCUGUGUGCCAGGCCCACGGGUACUUCCGGCAGCUCAUCGAUGGCCUGGAGUACCUGCACAGCCAGGGCAUCGUGCACAAGGACAUCAAGCCCGGGAACCUGCUGCUCACCACGGGUGGCACCCUCAAGAUCUCCGACCUGGGCGUGGCCGAGGCUCUGCACCCCUUUGCUGCGGAUGACACUUGCCGAACCAGCCAGGGCUCCCCAGCAUUCCAGCCGCCUGAGAUCGCCAAUGGCCUGGACACCUUCUCUGGCUUCAAAGUGGACAUCUGGUCGGCUGGGGUCACCCUCUACAACAUCACGACAGGCCUGUACCCCUUCGAGGGGGACAACAUUUACAAGCUGUUUGAGAACAUCGGGAAGGGGGCCUACGCCAUCCCGGGCGACUGCGGUCCCCCGCUCUGUGACCUGCUGAAGGGGAUGCUUGAGUAUGAGCCGGCCAAGAGGUUCUCCAUACAGCAGAUCCGGCAGCAUAGCUGGUUCCGGAAGAAGCACCCACCAGCCGAGGCACCGGUGCCCAUUCCGCCGAGCCCGGACACCAAGGACCGGUGGCGCAGCAUGACCGUGGUGCCAUACCUGGAGGACCUGCAUGGCGCCGACGGGGAGGAGGACGAGGACCUCUUCGACAUCGGGGAUGACAUCAUCUACACUCAGGACUUCACGGUGCCUGGACAGGUCCCGGAAGAGGAGGCGGCCCAGAACGGACAGAGCCGGGGCCCGCCCAAGGCUGUGUGCAUGAACGGCACAGAGUCGGCGCAGCUGAGCGCCAGGCCCAGGGCCGAGGGCCGGGCACCCCACACCGCCCGCAAGGCCUGCUCUGCCAGCAGCAAGAUCCGCAGGCUGUCGGCCUGCAAGCAGCAGUGAGCACCUCAGGUGGGAC